CGUCCCGCGCGACACUCUGUUGCCCCGCGGCGCGCCCGCCCCACGUCCGCACGUUACUCAGUCCUGGUGACAUUGCAGUGCAGUGAGUGCCUCCAUGUAGGAGAGUCAGUGGUGUGUUUCUCUUGUCAUGUGGGGAGUGCGAUGGCGUUAGGCACCAUGACCCGGCGUCCGCUGCUCUUGCUCGCCUUGCUGGCAGCCGCGCUUGCCAAUCAGCUCGAGGAUAUCCCCCACAAUGAAGUCAAAAAUUGGGCGCUAAAAUUCGGCGUCGACCUAUGGGAGUUCGGGCGGCACUUCACAAAAAUGAAUCAAAUACAAAACAAAUACCACGAGUACAACGUGGAGGUGGUCCGGAAAGACGGUUUGCUGCUUGUUCGCGAGCUGGCCGCAGAAGUUAAAAACCACAUGGACUUCAAAAUCAACGCUGUCAUGCGGAUAAUGGACUCAGCAGAAGCGGCGGCACUGUCGGCGGGAAGCAGCAGUAUAGACGGCUCCCCGGGCUCAUACUACGACGCGCGCUGGUUGAAUGUCCACGCCGACGAUGGCACUCUAUCUUCGAGAGCAAGACGCCUGCUACUGUCCCCUAGCAGACACUUCGACCAUAUCGCCGUCAAUACCAGCUACAGUGCGGUACUUAUGCCUCCGAAAGUUAACACUGAAGACGGAGAGGUCCAGAAUCAAAUCGGAUGGUCAGAACACUUGGAUCCACUGUUUGUGAACAACUACGAAAUUGAUCCGACUCUGUCUUGGCAGUACUACGCCUCGUCCUCGGGGUUUAUGAGGCGGUAUCCUGCAAUGUCGUGGCCACCCGAAGAUGGAUACUCACAUCACGCAAGAGACUUCUACGACUUCCGGUCGUCCAACUGGUUCGUAGAGGCGGCAACCUCGCCUAAGGACCUCGUCAUCUUGCUGGACGACUCGGACGAACUCAGCUCGUCCAACCGCCAGCUCGCCAAGUCGACCGUCGCCGCUCUACUCGACACACUCGGCCCGAACGACUUCGUCAACGUGUUCAGAUACAGCGACUCAGUGUCGGAGCUACAUCCGUGCUAUACGAAGAUGCUUGCACAGGCUGUACCUGAAACAAUACGCGAGCUGAAAAGCGCUGUGUGGGCAGGCGAGGCCACCGGCGGCGCGGCCAAUUUAACCGGCGCUCUCACCUCAGCCUUUGAAAUUCUCUACCGGUAUAACAGAACGGGCUUAGGUUGUCAAUGCAACCAAGCAAUAGCGGUGAUUGGCGCCGGGGGAGGUGCGGGCGGAGUGACGACAGUGUUCCGAACUUGGAACUGGCCACAUAUGCCCGUCCGCAUAUUUACGUACCGGGUAGGGGGAGACGCGGCAGCUGGGAAAACUAUGAAGGAAAUGGCAUGCAACAAUAAAGGUUUCCACGUGACCAUCAAUGACCACGAUGAAGUUCGUCAAAAAGUUUUGCACUUCAUAGAAGUAUUAGCACGUCCUAUGGUGAUGUACCAGACGAUGCACCCGGUUCAUUGGAGUCCUGUAUACGUAGGAGGAAGGAGUAGCAGCCUUGACGAUGAUGGAAUGGGUCAGUUGAUGACUUCAGUGACAGUUCCUAUUUUCGACAGAAGAAACCACACGCAAAGAGAAGCUAAUUUACUCGGCGUAGUUGGCACUGAUGUACCUGUCGAUCAAAUAAAGAAGCUCGUGGCACCUUACAAGUUGGGUGUCAAUGGUUAUUCAUUUAUGUUGGAUAAUAACGGGCAUGUUUUAUAUCAUCCUGAUUUGAGACCUUUGUAUACUAACGAGGAGUAUACAGAGACAUUACGACCUCUUUACUCCAGUGUCGAUCUCACAGACGUAGAACUCCUCGUAGAUUAUGACGAAAAUGCAAGAGUUAACCUCACUUCGCUACUUUUUGAACUACGUCACGAAAUGAUAGAGCAACGGGAAGGUGAGACAGAGAUGGGAGUAAAAGUGCAAUACGAGGGAAUGAGACGAGUAGCAACACGACGACAGAGAUAUUUCUAUAGUCCCGUGGAUGGCACGCCGUAUUCACUGGCUGCUGUUUUGCCAGACGGUUACGGCAUGUAUGAGCUGCAGGCAGAGCAGGAGAUUAAACAUAGUCCUAUCAACGUCACUGAAUAUUUCAAAGGAGAAAAUUGGAAAGUUCACCCGGAUUGGGUGUACUGCGAAUACGCUUCAACGUCUGAGCAAACGUUCAAUUCGCCCGAGGAGCAACUUCUACACUUCCUGACGCGCGCCGGUCGCCCGGGCUGGAAGUGGAUGUCGCUGCGACCCCGCGCGCUGACCCUACACAACGCGCACAAGAAGCAGGACCGCGACUCGUACUAUUGUGACAAAACAUUGGUUCAGUCGUUGGUCCGUGAUGCAAUGGUAAUUAAAGAAUUGGACGCUCACGCAGGACAUGCUAGUCAUCACAAUCACCCGAUAGCAACAUUAAUGGCACUUCUAACAAGGCAAGGCAGAUUCCAUAAAUUCGUGGUGACCCUAUCCUUCAUCGCAACAAGAAGUGGACUAUUAAAAUGGACUGAAAACAUCAACAGCUCAAGGUCGGCUGACUCUUCUGAACCACACUUUAGCGAAAAACAUGCACGAGCGUUCGACUCAGAAUGGUACCGUCGUGCAGUAGAACAUCAUUCGAUUGAACCGGAAAGCUUCGUCUUUUCUGUGCCUUUUCGUGACGGCAGUGAAGUCGAAGACUUCAGUGGAAAGCCUCCGUUAGUACUGGCAACCCAUGCGGUGUUCGUCGAAUCUAGAGGACAUCGAGCUCCUGCGGCAGUUGUAGGACUACAUUUCAAACUGGAUUCACUUGCUAAACACUUCUUGAAUGUCACAUCAACCUGCACAGCUGGUAGUGUGUGCAAGAAAACUUGUGCCGGUGACGAAUUGGACUGCUACAUUUUGGAUGACAACGGCUUCAUAAUUUUAUCGGAAGACGUAUCACAGACAGGUCGCUUUUUCGGACAAGUAGAUGGAACGAUAAUGGAUUCGCUCGUUCAAGAUAGGAUAUACAAGAAAGUCACCGUUCAUGAUCAUCAAGGACGAUGUCCUGAUUCGAGAAACCCAUUCAGUGGAAAUUCGAACAAGUUGUCACCAAUGAAACCGCUGUCUUGGCUCGGAGGAUAUGUGGCAAAUUUAUUGGCGGUGUGGUUUCCCUUGUGGGACAAUGUGCACGGACGAGCUCAUGGACAUGCAGAAGAAGAAAUCGAUUAUGAAGAUUAUGAAAACGAGGAUCUGGAGCACGAGGACGAAAUGGACCGCGACCGGGGUACCUACGAAAUCAUUAUCGACGGCAUGGGAGCUUCGGACAGGCAUGAGGUCCCCGUCGUGAGCCCCGGGCCCCCGCGGGAGCCGCCGCGUGAAGCUGCGCGCUCCGCCGCCGUGCGACCAUGCGACACUAGCGCAGAACUAUUCACUCUGCAGUCCACGAGGCUCAAUGCUGCUCAACCGCUCAAAGGAAAACUCACCAAUUGCCAUAAUUCUGGAUGUGAAAGGCCAUUCAGCGUGCAAAAGAUACCGCACAGCAACCUGAUCCUACUGGUCGUGGACACGCUGUGCCCGUGCGGCGCCAAGCGGCUGGACGUGCGCGCGCGCGAGGCGGGCGUGCGCACCGCGUGCCGCCGCCCCGCGCGCGCCCUGCCCCGCCGCCGCCCGCCCGCCUGCGUCUCCUACCACCCUGAGGAAAUCGAGAUCCAAUCGUGCGGUCGCGGCGCGCGCACUCGGCCUAUGUUCGUACUGCUGGCCACGAUCGCUGUACGACUCCUUCUAACUCUCACAACGUGACUGUCCAAAAUCCCCUGAAUAUUCUAAACCAAUACCUGCUCGCAGGUUCCACGGCCAUAAGAAGCUUUCUAUACCAUAUCAAAUUCCAUAUCACAGAUAAUAAUUUUUAAUCCAAACGCAGUUUAAAAGUAAUUAAAAAGGAAAGCUUCGGGCCACCGUACCGCAGUGUUCGAGCGAUGUUUUUGUGUGUAUAGACUAUUCGUGUGAACUUUUUAUGCAAGUGUUAUGCUGGACGGCUCGUACUCGCAGUGCCUAGCCGAACUGGGGUAUUCAUACAUAUAAUUAUAUAAGUACUUACUGUUAAAGCAAAUGUUUUAUACCGCGUUGGCAUAGCAGCUGUACCCUGAGUGUAGGAAAGUCUUUUUAUUGAGUAGUGUUUCACUACUCAUUAAAAAGAUACACUCAAGAGUACAGUCACAAUGCCCUGAAUGUAAACUGUAGAAAUCAUAUCUUAAAGCAAUGUUGUUUGGACGUUGAUGUAUAGAGUACAGUUCUAUGAUGGUUUAGAUAAGGUUUUAUAUCCGAGUAAUUGUUUGUACCGAUUGUCGAAGAAGCAUGUCAACGCGGAAUUAAGGAAUGCCUCAGAAGAAUAGGCCUCUCCUCGGCCUAUUUUUGUGGUGUACGCGAGAUGUUUAAAGUUUUGAUCAAUUUUACCGACUGAAGUAUUGGUCCGACCAAGUGAACUUUUGAUCUUGUUUUGAGACAGGAUUAUCGAUUCGAACUAGGCUAAGAUAACGUUUAAAAGAUAUUUUCUCCUCUCUGUUAAGUUGACAGUUUCAUAAUGUAACUAUGAUGCGGUCCCAACCGGUAAAUAGGUAGGUAACUAAAUAUCUUGUUAAAUUUAAUUGAAGAUUAUCACAAACUUGGAGAUCUUAUAAAUUAUAGCUAAUGUUAAUAGAUAUUUUAAAGAUAAUAAUUGUAAUAUAAUGAUAUCGUUUAAAAAAACUGUUUUAGAAAAAUUUACCUAUGUUGAUCCUAACACUGUUUAUUUCUCGAUAUCUAUCUGUUCAUCAUAUUGAUUGCCAACGUACGAGUAUUUAAUAGAAUCUAUGCAGAUUAGUUAUUUGUUGUUGUAAAUAAGAGACUUUCUGUUUGUAGACGUUACGUUGCUAUUUUUACGUGUGCCUGUGUAUAUUUGAAAUCAUUAUUAGAUUUAAUAUUAACGAGUCGACGAGUAAGCAUCGUAGAGUUGAUACUGAGACGAUGAAAAGAUGUUUCGGAAGGAACAAAUAAAAUAAUAUAGACGCCUGGAAAAUUCUCAUUUUUACGUAAUAAAUAUUUGACGUAUUAACAUAAGUUCGUCCUAUAAAUUAAUGUCGUUACCUUUAAAUUAAAGAAAGUGUAGAACUAAGAUUCUUACAUUUUGAAUUAAGUACUUACAACACAUUGUUACAUAUUUUAAAGCGUUGUUUUAAUAAAAACCACAUCUUCUCCUUUAUUCGAAGAAAGCAUAAACUAUGAUUAGUUGUAAAUUAGAUAUUUUAUAAUUAUGCAAUACAGGGUUGACUUAGAAAUGGCGCCAUUAUGGAUUUCAUAUCAAAAUAUACCUAAUACCUAUAUUUCUAUCUAUUGAGGAGUCAAAGUGUCUCUCGAUGUCCUCUCAGCCGACUCCCAUUCAUCUAAUCGUUAGCAAUUCUCUCGCCUAAUCUUCGAAUAAUGUUGAACGUAUUUGAGAUAUUGUAAACAAUACUCGUUUUAUUGUAAAUAUUUGAAUAUGAGGGCCUACUACUAAUGUGUAAUGUGUGUUGCUAAUAUUCAUACAUUGUGUAGUUCGAAUUCGACUUCUUCUGUCCUUCAAUCAACCGAAUUGUAUCGAUGUUAGUGUAAUAUGAGCUAAUUUAUAUAUACGUUGAGCUAGCCUUCUCAUAUAAUUAUGAUAAGGCACUACAUACCUACUCACAAUUAAAUAAAGAUAACUUAUAAACCCUAAAAAUGUUGUUAUAAGUUGAGCUUUUAAUAAACGUUCGCUAUUGGUUCAUUAGAAUUGUGACGUAGCCGUACGCAUUAUCAUUCUGUCAACUGUCUGUGUUUACUGAUGUUUAUAUGAAUCCAUCCUCUCGCGAUUUCUAUCAGAGAUUUGCAAUUUCUGAAAUCUAUUAAAAAUAAAUACAUCAAACGAUUAUGCCUCCACAAUUGAUUGAUUGUAUCUGCUUGCAUCCAUCAUAUUAUAGUCGAUCGUCUAACGAAGCCAUUACAGUUUCAAAUGUCCCUAUUUAAAAAUUAGCUCAUAUUAUAUCUGCAUUUCAUUGCUCAUUUAUAUAACAUGAAAUCGCAUUUACAAGCUAUGUACCUACACUAUAGUUCAUAAUAUACAUAUUUAAAAUAUCUGUAAGAACGUAUAUACUUACAUAAACUUUAAAUAAUCUGUUUGUACCUAUCAUAAAAAAAUGUUACCUAGAAUUUUAAAGUCAGAAUCGUCAUAACAUUCAAAAUAAUAUCGUGUAUUUAAUCGUUAAAUAAAAAGGAGCUUGCUGUUGUCCAUAUCAACAGUCACGUAAACGAAACAAUAAUAAACUGAAAUAGUACAAAGAUACAUGUAAAGUUGUCUCGCAUUUUGUGCCAAACCACAGCAAAAGUAUUUAAUUUACGGAUUUUUGUAUCCACGGGACCGAUAGUCGAAAUAGUUGUAACAAAAUAAAGAAACCGAGGACAAUAGCAUGCUCAGGGUCCGAUAGAAGGGUAAUUAAUGACAGUAGAUUGAUUGCUCUGUUUCAUACACAUUUUGUUGUACGAAAUCGUUUUAGUUUCGAAACAUUGUUGGAAAACUGUUUUAACUAUUUAAGAGACAGAUCAAAAAGAGCAUAUUUCUGACAUAAACUCAGUACUGCAAGCAGGCUCAUUGUCAGCCCUAGCGUGUUAUAAUAGCUAGAGAUAGACGUAGACAGCCUUACCAGAAAAAUGAAAAAUACCUCCCAUUUUUGCGGAAAAGAAAGAACUAACUUCUUCCAUUAGCAAGCACAGACUGCUAAAAUACAAAAAGGCCCAGGUUUUUUAUAUUUCUGGUCAGGCUAUGGGUAAUUUAUUAUUAUUUACACUUUUAUUAUUAUUUACACUAGGCUGACAUUUAAAAUCGCUUAAUAGGACUGAUUAUUUACUUUAUUUAGGCAAAUUACAUAACUGAAUUCUUGCCCACGCGGUAUAAGAGUGCGGGUGUGUGACGAUUUAGGGGAGCUGUCAUGACGACAUGUGCGACUCAGCAUAGUGCAAUGUGGGUCUGGACUUAGGUUCGCGUUUACUGAUUACGCAAUAACGGAUUUUUCGACAUAGAGAUAUAACCUUUAAGUAGAUUAACAUCAGCAUGGCUAUUCUCUAACGAUGUUUUGUAUAACUCGCAAGUGCGAGUUUCGAAUUCACCGCUAUCUUUUUCAUUCUAUAGUAUCGCGUUAAACAGAGAGAGAUAGAGGUGAAUUCGAACCUCGCACUUGCAAGCUAUAAAAAUAUCGAUACAGAAUAGCCUAGCUGAUCUCUUCGCGGCCAUACUAGCUUUCUUUGUACUAUUUAUUUUCUAAUUAAAGGGUUUUGAAUAUUAAAGGCUGAUUUAUAAGCCCUCCAGAACCCACUUCGAAACAGAGCGACAGAGGAGCGGGCAGCAAAGCAUUCAUUCAUUGAAAGACACGGGUCGUCAUACCCCGCACCUCAGUACUGCUCAGGUGAGGACUCGGUUAUGAAGUCUGUCUAAGCUCCCUAAAACUGUCGUCUUCGAACUUUGCCCAAUUUAAAUUAUCAAGAAUUAUUUUCAAUUAAAAAGCUCACCGUUUCGACAAUGAAAUCAAUAAAAUAAUACUAUAGAUAUAAUUUACUGUGAUUUACCGUUAUCAUAUAACUGAUGGCAUUUACACGUAUAUCGUAUGAGCAUACUCACUACCGGCGUAAGUAUAUGUGGGAACGCUUUUGAGAUAUGUACAUUUUGUAUAAAUAUAACAGUAAGGAGUCGAUGUGUGGCGUUAUAGUUUCACCUGGUGAGUGGCGAACGACUGGUGUAUUGUAUUGAAAGUGCUUCUAGUAAGCGUCGAGUCUUCCAUAGCAGUCGAGCGCGGAGCGAGUAUUACUUGUAACUAAGUAUUAAACGAUAAUAAUAGAGUAUAUCUUUAUCAUAGCAUAGGCGGGGCGGCCCCGGGCGGCAGCGGGCCCGUCACGGGGUUUAGUUAUACUAUAGACACAAAACAAAUACCUCGUUUAGUUACGCAAAACGUAAUAGCUAGACACAGUUAGAGUUCAUUUCGCGUUUAGUUAUUGGACAUAUCAAUUCAGGCACCAAAGAGACUAUAGCGUAAGCAAUUUUUUGGAAUAUUUUCAAUUGUGAUCUUAUAUUAAUCAAAUGUAUUAAUUAAGGAGACUCUAUUUCAUAUUUUGAUGAAUUUUCUAAAUAAAACAUUUUUUUAUGUACCUCCACUUGUAAAGGCGCCAUUUGUACGAAGGAAUGUUGCAACUAGAAUAAAAUGCAAUAUACCAUGACAAUUUUUUUUUAAGUUUUUUAAAUAUUACAUGAUAUAAUUAACACUGACUAAAAUGAUAACUUUAAAAUAAUUCCAUCUCUUGUAUCGACGAAUAAUGAGAAAAGGAUAACAAAGAAUUGUCAAUUUAGUAAACGUAAAUUUAGUAAACUUAAUAAAAACACCUAUAACUAGGUAAAACCUUUCUAUUAAAACAAAAUAUUUCGCUAUGCUGUGUAAAUAAGUAGAACUAAGUUCUCCUAUUUCAAUGGUGUUAAAUCGAUUUUCUAGAUCUUCUACUUAAUUAACUUAAUUAUUAAACAUAAGUAUUAAGUCAAAGUAAUUUAUUUUGGUUCAGUUUUAGAUUUUAUAACCGACUAAUUAAAAAUAGCAAAAGAAAUUAUUGAAAAUAUAGACGAAAAGAAUUUUCACGCUUCAUAAAUUUUACAGAAUGUUAUAAAUUUUUUCAUGUUUAGAAACGAAUAUGGCGCUGAGUGGACUUUAUCAAUUUAUUGAACCAAUGUUUCCCAAUAUUGUUUCCAUUUGCACUUACCUAUGUGUGAACUAUACCCGUUUAUAAAUGAAAAGAGCUCUCCUUAAUUAUUAUUUUAAGAUACGUAUUUGCAAUUAUUAAUUUUACUUAAGGAACAGUGAUUUCUAAAUUUACGCCACGUUCAAUAUUCAUAUCAGUAUAUCUAAAAACUUUUUUUACGAGAAUACAAUAUAAGCGUUUGUUUCAUAUAUUGUCUUGUUUCUAAUCACUAUAAUCAUCCCAAGGUAAAGCUUUUUAGAUACUAGGUGAUACUCGAAAUUUUAAUAAAAAAAUCUUGCGAGAGGCAAAUUUUGACGUCGCUGUUUUUUCGAAUUAUCUUUUUUCUUAUUAAUUAGUUAAUGAAUUAAUUAUAAACGAUAUAGUUGUUGUGUAAUCGGACACGGCCGACUGUGAACAUGGUUCUCUAGUGUAAUUCUAGUAAAAUACUGUUUCUUUUUUUGUUACUUGCCAGUUCAUGCUAUAGAUAAACAGUAAUUACAAUAAUAAAGUUCUCUUAUAACAUUG